GUGCAGCGUCGCAGGCGGGCGCAGCUUCGCUCGCAAACAUCCGCGCCAGUGUUGUUCGGCGAGCGGCCGUGUGUGUUUGAUCCUAUCACCGGCGUGCACGAUGUUCCUCUGACGUGUGGCCAAAGCCGGCCAGUGUGACCUCCCAACGCCCUGGGAACUGACUCUGCGCAGAACACAUGGAAAGUAAUGGAUCACCAAAUUCCCCAACAAAGUGAAGUGGAUGCACAGAAAGCAUUGUUAGAUGCACUACUGGGAAAUGAUUUCCAGACAUUCUGUAACUUGCUUGAAAGAGGUCAGGUUAAUCCUCUGUAUCGCUAUGGCUUCCCUCACUUCUCUACUUGUCUAGAAAUAGCAUCUCGCCAUCCUGAAAUUCCAGCAACAUUUACAAGUAAACUACUGGAAUGUGGUGUGAAGCCAAAUGUCAAUGUAGUUGUACCUGAACCAAUACACUACGCUGCCAGGUGUGGUAAUGCAGCAGUCCUCGGAGUUUUACUAUCACAUGCAGCAACGCGGGUGAAUGCGGUGGACAGUUCGGGUCAGAGUGCCCUUCAUUACAUUGUGCUGGCCUUCAGAGAUGACUGCCUUCCAGAAGCAGCUUCAGAGUUUGAGUCUUGCAUUGAAAAGCUCAUAGAAUGCCAGAGAUUUGAUAUAAAUAUUCUUGAUAAUACAGGGCUUUCAGCAAUUCAUCUGGCUGCCAAUAAAAAAAGAUAUAGAGCUGCUACUGCUAUUAUUGAGAAAUCAAGGGCUGCACACCGUGAUCUAGAUGUGGACAGACAUUUAACACGUGGGCGAACAGCGCGUGAGGCGCUGCAAGCGGAGCUGCCAGAUGUGUGUCUGAGACUGAUCACUCAUGGUAAAAACUUUCCUGCCAGCAAGAAGCGUCUUCUUGAGGCAGUGGAUCUGGGUGACUUUUCCCUUUAUCAGCGACUGCUAAGGCGAGAAGCUGCGAAAGAUGGGUUUGAUGCUGAUUUCUGGUUCGAGAAGCCAUAUAAUACUAGACUUCUUGAACGAGCCUGUGGCCUCAGAGACUCAAAACUUGCUGCAGAAUUUGUCAGAGUCACUCUUGAUGCUGGUGCACAUCCAUCUUCUGUUAAUCUCUGUAGCAGAAGGACUCCAAUGCAUGUAGCAGCUGCAGCGGGCAACUGGGCAGCACUUAAGCUACUUGUUGAACAUCCACUUGCUGAAAUUAAUGUGAGGGAUGGUAAUGGACAGACACCACUCCACAUCGCCGCAUUUUGUUUGACUUCUGAACAUACGCAUGAUUGUUUAGAAUUACUGUUGAAUGUGGGUAACAUUGAUGUGAAUGCAAAGGAUGACUUUGGGAGGACACCUGCUGAUGUUGCAGGAUGUGAUGCUGCUGUAGUAAUGAUAGAAGAAAAAGGUGGAAUCAAAAGUGGAAUGUCUCCACCUGUUCGGCUUUCCAGUCGAAGAGGUCCCACUCACUUGAUAAAACCUGCAAUUCAGUUCAUGCGUAAUGCAGGUGAUGGUGUUGCUCCACUUGAUAGUACUAUUUUGUUUGAUGGUGAAGGUGAAGACAUUUGGCCCAAGCCAAUACCUGAGAAGAAGAUACUUUUUGACUUUAUGAUCCAAAGGAGGUAUGCAGAAUUUGAAGAGUUGUUUGAAAAAAUGUCUGUUGAAGAAAACUUUCUGAAAUGUGAUGAAUGUGGUUACACAUUCCUGCAGUAUGCUUGUGAAAGAGGUCUUCACGAUUUUGCAAAGAAACUUCUCGAAAAGGUAGAUCCAAAUGAAACACAUGAAAAAAAUAUGAGAACACCUCUUAUGUUAGCCUGUCUCCAGAAUGACUCUCACAUGGUUCAUAUACUGUUAAAUACUAAAGUUAUCAAAGUAGUAGAUACAAAUAUUUCUGAUCAUAAACAAAAUACUGCCCUACACUAUGCUGCUAAAAAUGAAAAUAUGGACAUCAUAUUUGAAUUAUUAGGUCAUGGUGCUGACAUACUUGCAAAAAAUAUGUUUGGGAAGUAUCCCUUAUCUGUUGAAGAAAUGGAGAGGUUGCUAGAUAAGAGCAUAGAAGUUAGAGAUAAUAUGUUGCCAAGCAAUGAUGAUUUUGUUCUAAUCUUCAAUUAUAAAAUGUUGAUAUCUCAACAAAACCAAAAAAAUUGUUUGAAAGGCUGUAACAGCAGUCUAAUCCAAAGCAGCCCAUCAAAAGCAGAAAGUAAAAAUGGAAAAUCAGUUUUACUUGGACCCAGGUCUCAAGUAAAAUAUUCUGAAAUGAACUUCUUACACUCACUUAGCAGCUCAUGUGAAUAUGCACCACUCUUAAAGCAUCCACUUAUCACUAGUUUUUUGAGAAUUAAAGAUGACUGUAUGAGACCAUUCCUGUCCUUGAACCUCAUACUCUGUGUUGUUUUUGUUAUUACAUUAAAUGUAUACAUUAUAAUUGAAGUUGGUAAACUGAAUGAAAAUUCCACAAUGGUGCAUUCUAUUCAAAUGUGCUUUUGUGCAGCUGCUUUUAUAUGUACCAUGCUCAUGUUACUCAGAGAAACUGCACAGCUUGUUUUAAAAACAAAUUUGUAUACUAAAAAUUGUGAAAAUCUGUUUGAUCUGUGUCUGAUACUCACAGCAGCACUUAUUCUUCUUCAUUGUCCUCUUGGUGCAUUUACUCAGUGGGCCUUUACUAUCGCUAUUCUGCUGUCGUGGCGAGAUCUUUUUAUUGUGACUGGCCGACACUACAAAUUUUCAACUAAUGUACAAAUGUUAAAGGCUGUGUCAUUAAACUACCUACAGAUUUUAAAGUCUUACAUAUUCAUAAUUUUUGCUUUCUGUCUCAGCUUCUAUGUAAUAUUCUCACAAUCUACCAAUCAGCCUACGACAAAUUCUCAAGGUAAUAAUACUGCAGAUAUUUUUAAUCAAACACAAACUGGUGGUGGAGGAACCGAAGCCAUCAAUUUCUUUGAAAAUCCAUUAAAAACAUUGUUAAAAACUGUCAUUAUGAUGACAGGAGAAUUUGAAGCUAGCAAUCUUCCUUUCCUGACAGACAUUUGGCUUACUUCAGUUGUAUUUUUGCUUUUCUUAUUUUUUCUACAUGUUGUAUUACUAAAUCUUUUGACAGCUCUUGCUGUCUCUGAUGAACAGCAUAUAAGGGGCAAUGCAGAGAUUUUGAGUUUAAUGUCUCAAAUACAACUCUUGUAUGAAAUUGAAAAUAUUGCACUUAGUUUAUAUACAUUAUUUAAAAACUGUAAAUGUAUUUCAAAACAUUUUCAGAAUUUGUUGUUGUUUUCAGGAAAAUCAUUAGAGGAAGCUUGCUUGUUUACUUGGCCCAAUAAAGGGACACAAGCAAGGAUUUCAGGAGAACACGGGGAUAUUGUAAAAAGAUUUAAUUCAAAAAUAGUAAAUGAAGCUAAAAGCAUUGUGACAAACCACAGAAUAUUUUCCCUAGAGAAUGGAGGUGACACAGAUGGCUUGUCAGCAUUGAUACAGCACAUAGAACAAAUACAAACUAAUGUAAAGCUGCUUUUAGAGGAACAACAUGUAAAAAGUGGUAAAAAUAUGGACCAGAGAUCAAACAUAUAAAAAUGAGUAACACUUCAAUUAUGAAUACUUGAAAAUUACUUAAGUUAGAUUCAUAGACACUCUAACUAUUACAUUUAUUAUUGUAUCAUUGUGGAAGUACGCUUGUUAUGAGAAAGUUCUGCUUAAGCAGCUUUAAAUAUUUUCA